AGAGAAACUAUAAGCCAGGACUACAGUACCGAGUAGGCCUACCGGUCGAUGAAUUUGCCCUGCAGACAUACAUCAUUUGCUGUUUACGAUGGCUGCAGGCAGUGAAGUGGGAUUCAAGGUGUGUGACGUUCCCACGCCGAGCUUUCUGGUAGAUAUUGACAAACUGAAGAGCAAUGCUGAGCGUAUGAUCAGACGCUGUGAGGAGUUUGGAGUGAAGCUCAGGCCACACAAAACCCAUAAGACAUUAGAAGCUGCAGUUCUGAUGACAAAUGGAACAAAGCGAUGCAUUGUUGUUUCCACACUCCAAGAAGCAGAAUUCUAUGCAGAUGAUGGCUUUGAUGAUAUUUUGUAUGGAUGUCUGAUUACAGAGAGCAAAAUUGAGAGGUGCCAUAAAUUGGCCAAUCGUUUGAAAGAAUUCCAUAUACUGCUGGACAGUCUGUAUGCUUUGAAUCUUCUUAAGAAAUCUUCUCUUAUUGGGGAAGAAUGGUCUGUGUAUCUGAAGAUUGACUGUGGGUAUGGAAGAGCUGGCGUAGACUGGGACUCAGAAGACAGCGUCAAACUGGCCAAAGCAAUAGCCACGUCAGAAAAUGUGAAUCUGCAUGGACUUUACACCCAUUGUGGGAAUUCCUAUGGUGCCCGGUCUGAAGACGCUCUUCGGAAAGUGGAGGUAGAAACGACAGAGCGGCUCAUUUUCUUGAGAGACAGGUUGAAAGGAGAAGGUAUUGAGAAUCUAGAGGUGGGGACAGGAUCAACUCCAUCUUGUAGCCGACCAGUGGAAGAGUUACGGGUCCUGACAGAACUACAUCCUGGCAACUACAUCUUUUACGAUUGGAUGCAGAGCAGCUUAGGUUCUUGCUCAUUGGAUGAUGUGGCUUGUUGCGUAGCAACCAGGGUCAUAGGUCACUACCCUCAGAGAAAACAACUGUUGAUUGAUGCAGGUUUUUUGGCACUGAGCCAUGAUGGAUUAAGAGAUGACUUACCAAUGAAAACAGGCUUCACCUUUAUCCAGAAUCACCCAGAGUUAAAAGUCACUGGCAUGACACAAGAAGUUGGGUAUGUCAAAGCUGUGGAGGGAGAGCUGGACUUUGACAGAUAUCCUGUGGGGUCUCUCCUCUACAUCUACCCUUAUCAUUCAUGUGCUACAGCUGCUCUCCACCCUGUGUACUACAUCCACUCCGGUGACAUGGUGCAAGACGUGUGGAAACCAACCCGUGGAUGGUAAAUCCAGACAGGGGUAAAACAGGCCCUGAUGGUCACUCAAGGACAACAAGUCUAGUCAAACAGCGAGAGGAACGCAAGACAGUGAAAUCCCGUCAUUCCAGGGUUAUCUCCCCUGCACGGCGGAAUCACGUAAUAUUUAGCUGAACUAAAUGAACAAAUUUCAAACCUUCAGGUGUUGUUGAUUUUAGUUUGAUUUUAUAUUAUUUCCCAGAAAGGCGUGGACACCAUCCUUGUUACAUCAGGGAUAUGUUACUUAACUACCAUUUACACAAGAAUAAUAUAGCAGGAUUCUAUCAGUGGACACCUGAUGGAUAUACUAGUCAUUGUUUUAAUGUUCAAUAUGUGCCGCACAACUAAAUCAACAGAUUUGAAGAAGAGUGAUUUUGGUGAAGAUACAUGCAUUAUGCAAUUCAGGAAAACUGAAUAAUAUAUAUGUACACGUAUGUAUGUAUCCUUGUGGUUUAAGGUCGUACUUAACAAUUUUUCUGUCAUAUGAUGAUGAGGAGUCAUUAGGUGUGUGUACAUACAUGUAUGCUAUGUCUUCUUGUGGCAGGGCGAGUGCUGCCGCCACUGAAGUAUCAUGCCAAAGACACAAAACAUGACACCCCACCCAGUCCCAUUUUACUGACACCGGGCCAACCAGUCCUGUUUCCUUGCUCUAGCCUCUCUGUACUGAGCACCUGGCGAGGCAAUAAAAAGUACCAUUUUUAAAAUCUUUGGUAUGACCUGAUCUGGGUUUGAGCCCAGUCCUCCCAGCUUCAAGGCGGACAUUUUAAGCAUUAGGCCACCAAAACAGUACAGAAACUGAAUGAAAAACUUGUGAUAAUAUAUACAUGUGGAAAAUUCAAAACAUUUGAAUACAUAUGUUUGUACGCUUUUUACAUCAACCAUGUACAUGAUUUUCGAAUACAUUGAUUACUGUGAUAUAUAAGUGAAAAAUUCCUUCACUAAUAAACCAUUGCACAUUAUUAUGGUCAGUCUAAUUCUGUCAUUGUAAAUUGUAUACUUCGUAUUUACCAUUUUAAAUGCCACUGUUAUUUUUAUGUGGACGUACCAACAUGUUUGUUUGCACUGACCAAGAGGUU